CGCAGGAAAGGGGUAAAACUGAGGAUCAAGACUGGUCCCUGGGAAUGAGUGCAGAUAGGAAUGGACAAGGCUUGAGUUGUGUGCCCACAGGAAUGGACAAGGCUUGAGUUGUGUGCCCACUCUGAGCAGAAAACAUUAUUUGUACACUUGCUAUUGCGUACAGGUCACUCUAAUUGGAGUGGAUUCAAAACACAAGGGAAAAAGGCACAGAGGAUCACAGAAGAUGAAACACACGAAUUGCAAAUGUGGAAGGAGGUGAAAGAUAGAGAGUUGGGGAGGAUAAGACCUGCUUUGUUGGCUAACAGGGUACAGUCAAGAAGAAUAUGCAGUCUUGAACUUGCUAACCAGAAAGAAAUUAUCAGUGCACAUAAGGGUGCUGUUAAUAGCAUUCAGAUUGACUUGACAGAGGGUCGCUACCUUUUAUCUGGUGCGUCAGAUGGAUCAGCUGCUGUUUAUGAUAUUCAACAGGCUACAGAUUAUGAUGGAGGAGGACUGGUAGCAAAGCAUAAAUCACUCUUUGUAGUUGAUAAACAGUUGGAAUAUGGGCAUCAGUAUGGAAUUUCAUCAGUGUCGUGGUAUCCUGUUGAUACUGGCCUUUUUGUUACUGGUUCGUUUGAUCAUCAUAUUAAAGUUUGGGACACAAAUACUACCCAGGUGGAAAUUCAAUUUAAGCUGCCAGGAAAGGUUCAUGGUGUUGCAAUGUCUUCUGUUUCAACAACUCAUAUGCUAAUUGCAGCUGGAACAGAAGAUGUUCAAGUUCGCUUGUGUGAUAUGGCAUCUGGAGCAUUCACUCAUACAUUGUCAGGCCACCGUGAUGGGGUUUGGGCUUUACAUUGGUCUGCUUCAAAUGAAUGGACUUUAGCAACAGGUGGUUGUGAUGGUUCUAUACGCUUUUGGGAUAUUAGACGAGCAGGAUGUUUCCGUGUUUUGGACCAGUUAGAAUCUCAAACUGGGAGGCGCCCACCUAUUCCUAAAAGUUCUACUGCAAAAGCCAAAAAACCCCCGGCUUCCAGCAAUUGCACUUCUACAAAGGCUAGGGCAGCACAAAGAAAAGGGUCCCUCGGGAAUGGGAUACAAUCUUCUAUGUCUUUGGGUAAAGGAGUGACAAGAGGCUCUCUAUCACAGAGACAACAUCCUGGCAUGUUAUCCACCCAGAACAGAGCAACAGCUCAUUAUGGUGCAGUGACAGGAUUGGAAAUGACAAAUGAUGGGCUGCACUUGUUUAGCGCUGGUACGGAUUCAAGAUUAAGGUUAUGGGAUGUUGAAUCUGGUUGCAAUACACUAGUAAACUAUGAGGCCACACGAAUAAGACCAAGUAAAGCUAUCCAACUAGCUGUUACUCCUAAUUCAUCACUUGUCUUUGUUCCAUGUUUGACAUCUAUAAAGGCAUAUGAUGUAUGGAGUGGUCGCCUUUUCUCUACAUAUCAUGGUCAUUAUGACUUUGUAAAUUGCUGUUCAUUUAACUCUCAGGAUCAGGAGCUAUAUAGUGGUAGUAAUGAUCGACAAAUUCUAAUAUGGUCUCCUCCUGCUGUGAUUUCCCUUGAAGAGGAUGAGACACCUUCAAGAGGUCCUGCAUCUUUAUUUGAUGAAGACAACUGGAGUGACUGAGGAGUUGCAUUGUUCAACAAUGUUACGAUUGAAAUUGCAAGGAUCCUCACUAAAUAAAGUUUUGUUUGUUUUUCUUCUGUAAAUUCUCCUCUCUAGCACCUGCUGCGGUCUCUUGCCUACCGCAUAAUACUCCUGACAGUAUCAUAGGAUCUUUGCAGAUUUUUAACAUUAGUUACUUGUAUACAAAUGUAUUCUUUCCACCUACUAUUGAGUGAGUUUGUAUAUAUUUUUGUUAUUCGAAACUGGAGUUUGUUCAACUACUGUACCUGCUAUUCAUGGGAAAAUUGUUCGUGGGAAUGGAUGGCAUUGUUUAAGCCUUUAAGGGAAUGUUCUAGAGCUGGACUGUAAUAUAUAUAUACUAAGCACUAAUACUUGUAGGAGAUCUUAUUUAUUUGAGGUUGAGAGAGUCACAUAAGACGCAUGAAGUUUGAAAAUAGCAUCUUUAUUUUGCUAAUUGUCCACACUUCACUGUUGCAACGGAUGAAUUUCGAUGCAGUUUUAUGUAGCGUGCAUUAUCCUAAAUGAAUAUGUACACAUUCCAAGUUGUUGCUAAUUGAUGAAAUAGUUGGGCCAGACAACCACCUGGUUUGUCCAUGCUAACUCUUGUUA